GGAGGGAGCGGACUGCCCGGAAGAGCUGGCUGUUUAGAGAGGUGGCAGGGUCUUGCCCAUGCAUUCUGUGCAGGAGGUGAGCAAAGCCUAGGCUGCCUACAGAGUUUCUAGCUUGAGCAUCUAGGUGAAUGGUGAAUCCCUUCACUGAGAUGGAGAUCAGAGCACCAACUGAGGGCGUAAUUCAAAAGCUCUGUUCUAUACGUCUUAGGUGUGAUAGAACUUUGAGGCAUCCAAGUGGAGAUGCCAAGUACAAUGAAGUAACCAGAUGUGAAGCUCGGCAAAGAGGACAGAACUAGAGGUAUCAACCCGAGAAAGCCGGCAGGUAGGAAGGUAUUAACCUAUGGGAAUGCUGAGAUCGCCCAGGAAGAGGUGAGCUCACACAAGAGAAAAGGGCGCAGGGGCCUGGCCGGAAUCUUAAGCAGCAGAAGCAGACCGAAAAAGAACGGUGGCCUAUGAUGAGGUCGACAGGAUGUGUGCCGGGUUGGACCAGGUCGCUGUUUUAAAUCCAAGUCUGUCCAUCCCAGGACAGCGCUAUCAGCCAGAGCCCACGCAGUGUUGCCUUGUACCAGCCGCCACAGCCAGGGGGAGGAGAAACCUCCAUCCCAGCAGGCCCCGCCCCGCCCGAUCCUGCCAGGCGCUCCAAUCGCUUGUAGAGAUCAUCGCUGGACCCAGGCGGUUGUGUCGAUCUCCGCUCCAACUGGAGACCGGGUCCAAACCAUGGCGGAGAAGACUCAAAAGAGUGUGAAGAUUGCUCCUGGAGCAGUUGUGUGUGUAGAAAGUGAAAUUCGGGGUGAUGUAACCAUAGGACCUAGGACGGUGAUCCACCCUAAAGCACGCAUUAUUGCCGAAGCCGGGCCCAUCGUGAUCGGUGAAGGUAACCUCAUAGAGGAACAGGCGCUUAUCAUAAAUGCUUACCCUGAUAACAUCACUCCUGAUGCUGAAGAUCCAGAACCGAAACCUAUGAUCAUUGGCACCAGUAAUGUGUUUGAAGUUGGCUGUUAUUCUCAAGCCAUGAAAAUGGGAGAUAAUAAUGUUAUUGAAUCAAAAGCAUAUGUGGGCAGAAACGUCAUAUUGACAAGUGGCUGCAUCAUUGGGGCUUGCUGCAACCUGAACACGUUUGAAGUCAUCCCUGAGAAUACGGUGAUCUACGGUGCAGACUGCCUUCGUCGGGCGCAGACUGAGCGGCCACAGCCCCAGACACUACAGCUGGAUUUCCUGAUGAAAAUCUUGCCAAACUACCACCACCUAAAGAAGACUAUGAAAGGAAGCUCAACUCCAGUUAAGAACUAAGAACAAUAUAUGACAUCAAGAUAAGAGUUUGUCUUUGACCACUGUCUUUUGAAAGGGCCACAGUGUUCAUGCAUUCUUAGCAGUUCCCAGAAUAAUCCAUGUUGACUUUAUUUUGUAAAAUUGAGUUAGAGAGGAAGGUAAUGGGUUUUCACUGUAACUGUCCUUUGUAAUUUAUAUAAAAUGCAUUAUUUUCUUAUAUCCUUUCUCCUGAGAAUUUACAGGUUUAGUUUAUUUUUCUUUUGUCAGAUAAAAUGUCAGCUAUGGAUUUUAGUUGUAUAAAAGACUCUCCGUGAUAAGGAAGGACAUAUUGCUGUGUAUUUAUAUUCUAGAAUAUAUUGUACUAAAUAAAAAUGCUAUUGGCAGGACUUUUAGUGAACAUGCUUUA